AUGGUGUACACCUACACCCCUGCGUACUACUCUUCCGUCCACGAGACCAUCACCACCCUCUGCAAGAACAUCCUCCCCUUCUCCUUAAAGAGCCGGCGCCUGAUCAGCCAGUCGGAACAGAAGCUCGCGAAGCGCCAGUCCGACAACCUCAAGUGGCAGCAGGAGUCUUUCCACCGGAUCCUCAACCUAAUCGGCCUCCAGAAGGAAGGGAUCGUGUCUGAUCAAGCGGUCGCCUCCUUCCGAUCUUACCUGCUCGAAACCCUAGUUUCCUCACCGGCCGACCAGGAGACGCCGGGCGUCGUCAGGGACAAGCUUCUCUUCCUGCAGGUGCGAGAUCGAGGAUCGUAGCGUCCUCCGUUCUUCUUCGAGAAUUAAUCCAUGGUUUUUCUUUAAUGGUUCAGGAGCUUCUCUACGCCAAAUGCAUCUCCUCCGAUGAAUACCAUUCGUCGAAGCGGCCGCUGCUUCAGAGACUCGCCUUGCAGGGGGUGGAAAUCGACUGUAGAGACGUGAUCGCCGGCGGGCACGAUGUCCUACCGGAGGAGGAAUGGUCGGAGAUCGAGCUGAGAGACAAGGAGAGACCUGCGGUGGAUGUGAAGCAGAGCAAGACGAAGCAUCUGCCCUCGAUCAAGGGGGCCAUGUCCUUCGUCGGAAUUUCUACCGGAAAAGUGAAGGAGACCACGAGCUGCGCCGCCUCAGAGCCGCUGCGCCCCGUCGAUCUCAACCGGCGAACCAACUGGGAGGCUCCUUCUCUCAGAGAGAAGACCCUCCUCCGGGAGGGUCAGAAGGGCAUUGAGAACCGCUCGAUCUUGGCGCCGGUGAGCUUGCAGAACCCGUCGGCGGCCAAUGAAGAGAAGGUGAAGAAGAAAUCCUUCCGAGCUAUAUUCCACAAGGAACAGAGGGAAGGAAACGGGAAGACGGAUCUCACCGCCGGCGAUGGCGACAAGACGACGCCCCCCAGAGCUCCGAGGAUGCAUUGGGGGCUCGACGGGCUCAAAAAAUGGAAGCGGAGCGCCUGCGACGACGAAUCCACGGCCCCAUAUCUCCCCCCCGGGGAGAGAUCAGACGACGCCGCCUCCCUCGGAGAAGGCCCCGACACGAAGCGGAUCAAGAAGAAGAUACAUUCGGACGGCGCUGCCUCAGAUUUCUUCAUCGACAAGGUUUAUAGAUGAAAUCUUGGUAGAUCCUGUAGAAUGCUUCAGUGGCUGACUUUUUUCGUCUUCCCCCCCUCCCCCUGGAAAAGGUUCUUGGCGAGAACAUCAAGAAGGAGCUGUCUCGAAUCCAGUCCGAGCUCCACACCACCAAUCCAAAUCUCACCUUCUCGUAAUUCACCUCCACCCGCCGUUGUCAUAGCAGCUCAUCAACAUGCGGAUGCCUGAACUCCAUCUUCAUCUUCUUCUUCUUCUUCUUCUUCUUCUUCUUCUUCUCUUACAGGGAUGAUCAGAUCGAAGCCAUUUCAACCAGGUUGCCGGUCGACAAGGCCGACCUGAAGAGAUUCUUCCCGAAGUAAGCUAGAGAAGAAGAGGGAACUCCAUCUAAGUUCGCCAUUGGCGGUGCGAUUAUGCCUGAGCUCCUCUCCUUCCCUCCCAGGUCAUGGUGCGACAGGUACGGAGACGUCGUGCUCGAGGUCGUCAAGAAGGAGUUCAAGGACCACGUCGGCGAGAUGGAGACGCUGAGGAACACGGUGAAAGAGCGGCGGCAGAGCUCGGAGAAGUGGGUGGCAUUCGACGAGAACGACGAGAACUUCGCUACCAAUCUAUUCCUCCGGGAUCAGACCUUCCUGAACGAGGAGCCCAGUAGAAGCUGCUUCGCUAACAAUCCCUUCUACGAUGAUGAUCAUGCCUCUUCGUGGGCUCCUCGUUGA